AUGUUGAUGCUGGCUGAGCGUUGGCAGAAGCAGAAGUGGGCUGUGGAUCCUCAGAACACUGCCUGGAGUAAUGACGAUUCCAAGUUUGGCCAGAGGAUGCCAGAGAAGAUGGGGUGGUCUAAAGGAAAGGGUUUAGGGGCUCAGGAGCAAGGAGCCACAGAUCAUAUAAAAGUUCAAGUGAAAAAUAACCACCUGGGACUUGGAGCCACCAACAAUAACAAAGACAACUGGAUUGUACAUCAGGAUGAUUUUAACCAGCUUCUGGCCGAGCUGAACACUUGCCAUGGGCAGGAAACUGCAGACUCCUCAGACAAGAAGAAAAAGAAGUCUUUUAGCCUUGAGGAAAAGUCCAAAAUCUCCAAAGACCGUGUUCACUAUAUGAAAUUCACAAAAGGGAAGGAUCUAUCAUCUCGGAGCAAAACAGAUCUUGACUGCAUUUUUGGGAAAAGACAGAGUAAGAAGACUCCUGAGGGCAAUGCCAGUUCCUCCACUCCAGAUGAGAAUGAAAGCCCAACCAGUGCCUUCACCAUCCAGGAGUUCUCUGCCCAGGGGAUGGCGGCACUGAAGAACAAGCCCCAGGUCCCAGAUCCAGGGCCUGACCUUUCCAAGACUCAGGUGGAUAGAAAAAAGAUGAAGAAAAGAAACAAAGAGGCAGCAGGUAAGGAUGUGAAGAGUUCCCCGAAGCCUAAGGCCAAGAGGCAAAUGGAGGGAAAUCCCAAGAGGGACGGGGCCCAGGAGCAGGGGGCCAAGAAGAAGAGUGCGGGGGAGCAGCUCAGAGGUCUCUGCUGGGACCAGGGUUCCGAGACCGCUGCUCAGGAUGCUGGGGACUGUGCGCAGCCGCCUGAGGGCCUACACUUCACCCUGAAGCCCAAAAAGAGGAGAGGGAAGAAAAAGCUGCAAAAGUCAGUAGAGAUAGCGGAGGAUGCUAAGCCAGAAGAAACGCCAGUGACAAAGAAAAAGGAAGAUUUCAAAUGA